AUGCCCAACUAUGCCAAGUUCUUGAAGGAUGUGGUGGCCAAGAAGAGAAAGUGGGGGAAAUAUGAGACAGUGGGCCUAACAGAGAAUUGCAAUGCUAUAAUUCAGAAAGGAUUGCCUACCAAACACAAAGAUCCAGGGAGUUUUACUUUAUCUUGUGUGUUAGGAAAUAAUGUAGAAGGUAAGGCAUUGUGUGAUUUAGGAGAAAGUAUUAAUUUGAUGCCUCUAUCUUUCUACAUGAAGCUCAACAUUGACAAUCUCCGCCCCACUUCGAUCACCUUGCAAAUGGCAGAUAGAACAACAACAACACCAUGUGGAAUUGUAGAAGAUGUUUUGGUAAGAGUAGGAGAAUUCAUUUUUCCCGCCGACUUUAUCGUUUUGGACAUGCAGGAGGACAAGAAGGUGCCUUUGAUACUUGGAAGACCAUUCCUAGCCAACGGGGGAGCCAUGAUAGACAUGCAGAAGAGGGAGCUAACAUUGCGAUUGCAUAAUGACAAUAUCACCUUCAAUAUCUAUGACGUUUUGAAAUUCCAUGGGAAGGAAGGAGCAGAAGGCUAUCAAGAGUGUAGCGUCAUCCAAGUGGUCACGGAUUGUGUGGGGGAAGUGGAAGUCACGUACCACCAAACUCAGGACCCUUCAGAAUCUUGUCUGAUAAAUUCUUUCACUCCUACUCACACCUCAAGUAGCGUGAGACGGAGGGAGUAA